AUGUCUGAUAAUGGAGCUUCUUAUAAUGAACAAUUAUUAGAAUCAGCUAGAAGAAAUAAUACUGAAUUAUUGUUACAAAUUAAAUCUGAUUUACAAAAUGAUUCAUUAAAAUUAUCAAAAUUAAUUAAUGAAACUAGAGAAGUUAUAACAUUAAAUACUCCUUUGCAUAUUGCUUGUAAUUUAGGUCAAUGGGAAUUUAUAGAUAUUGUAUUAGAUAUUGAAGGAGUUGAAAUUGAUCCUCAAAAUAGAAGAAAUGAAACUCCUUUGCAUUUAGCUGUUAAAUAUGCAAAUCAAGAUGAAAUUGAACAUGGUACUUUUAUAGUUGAUAAUUUAUUAGAUGCUGGAAGUGAUCCAAGAAUAAAAGAUGAAGAUAAUUUAAAACCAAUUGAUUAUGUAAAUAAAGAUGAUGACCAUGAAAAAUUAAUUGAAUUAUUAGAAAGUGCUGAAUUUGCAAUAUCAAUGGAACCAACUGAACAAGAACAAUUGGAAGAAUUUGCAAAAGAAGAAGAGGAACAUGACGGAUCUGCAUCAGAAUCUGAAUAG